CCCCGCAUUUGCAUGUACCUACGUAAGACUAUAAUCCUGCGAGACGAAUCCCCUCGCUCGUUGUAAUACCUGCCAUAUACCCGUUAUUUCCUUCUUUCCUUCUAGACGUCCUAUCUCCUUCUCUCCGUCAUGGCCUCCCGCGACCAAAGCCCAUCGGAAAAGGGCAGUCGAACAGAGAUCACAGAAAAGCAAGCCCCCACCAAAGUCUCCAACUUCCGCCUAGUAUGGGACCAAGCCCUCAUAACACCCGAGAUCCUCGACUGGCCCUACGAAGGCGCCGGAACCACCGAAGAGCCCUUCAUCGUCACCUGGAUAGAGAACGACCCACGGGACGCCCAGAACUUCUCCAACCUGAAGAAAUGGUCGCUCACCAUGCUCGCCGCCAUGAUCACCAUGUCCGUCGCCCUCAUCUCCUCCGCAUACUCGGCAACCAUCCCCGAGAUAAUGGCAGAAUUCCACGUCAGCCAGACCGUCGCCACCCUCGGGAUAUCCCUCUACGUGCUCGGCUUCGCCAUAGGGCCGUUAGUCUGGGCGCCGCUGAGCGAGCUCUACGGCCGCCAGCUGAUGUUCUUCCUCUCGCAAACCCUCCUCACAAUCUUCAAUUCCGGCGCCGCAGGCUCUAAUAACAUAGCCACACUCUUGGUCCUCCGAUUCCUCGCCGGAGCCUUCGGUGCUGCGCCCAUCACCAAUGGAGGAGCAGUUGUUGCGGACUUGUUCAGCGCCGAAAAACGCGGCGUCGCCAUGACCUUCUUCGCCGCCGCGCCCUCCCUCGGCCCCGUCCUAGGCCCCAUCAUCGGCGGCUUCCUGGGCGACGCGGCCGGCUGGCGCUGGGUGCAAGGCUUCAUGGGCGCCUUCUCAGGCACCGUAUGGAUCGUCUCGACCCCCAUCCUCCCGGAAACCUACUCUGUGUACCUCCUGCGCAAGCGCGCUGAGAAGCUCUCCCACCUCACGGGCAAAGUGUACCGCUCGCGCUCCGAGAUCCGCCUGCGGCACAUGUCCGCAGUGACCCAAAUCACCACAGCCCUCUACCGGCCCUGGGUGCUCUUCUUCCACGAGCCCAUCGUCAUCAUCCUGUCCAUCUAUCUCUCCGUCAUCUACGGCACCCUCUACCUGCUCUUCGGCGCCUACCCUGUCGUCUACGAGCAGGUGCGCGGCUGGUCCAUCAGCAUCGGCUCGCUCGCCUUCAUCGGCAUCCUCGUCGGCAGCAUGUCCGCCCUCGUCUACUCCUUCUGGGACAACGCGCGCUACGUGCGCGCCUCGCGUAGGCACAAUGGCCACGCGCCCCCGGAAGCCCGCCUGCCGCCCGUCAUGGUCGGCGGCGUCGCCUUCCCCAUCGGGCUCUUCUGGUUCGCCUGGACCAACUCGCCCAACAUCCACUGGAUGGUCAGCAUCUCCGCCGGCGCCGUGUUCAGCUUCGGCAUGAUCCUCGUGUUCCUGUGCCUCAAUUACCUGGUCGACGCGUACACGAUCUACGCGGCGAGCGUGAUCGCGUCGACGACGGUGCUGCGCUCGCUGUGCGCGACGGCAUUUCCGCUGUUCACGGGCAAGAUGUACGAGAAGCUCGGGAUCCACUGGGCGAGCUCGGUACCGGCGUUUCUGGGGCUCGCGUGCAUGCCGUUUCCGUUUCUGUUCUACAAGUACGGCGUCGCGAUCCGGAAGCGGUGCAAGUACGCGGGCGAGGUGGAGCAGCUGCUGCAGGAGACGCGGGCGACGGUGGUGCGGAGCAAUAUGCCGCGCAUAGAGGAAGGGGCUGGGGAGACGAGGUUGGAGAGGCAGAUUACAAGGGAUUUGGAGCGGGAUGGGGAGAAGGAUGGGUCGAUUGAGAAGGAGAAGGAUCUGGAUUCGAUGGAAAUGAUGAAUGAUUGA